AUGGCGUCCAGUUCUGUAAGUCAAGAGAGUUUGGACAUGGAUGACAUGGACACCACAGCGCGAAGAAAUCGAAUCAGAAUUCACAGAGGACAUAGUGGUCGAGGAUCAAUGCCUCACCGUGGUCCUACUGACCGUGGGGAUGGAGGAGAGCUGGACAGGGAUGAUAGGGGCGACUACGGUCCAGAUGUUGGUGAUGGGAGUAGCACUACAGGAGUUGGAUUGGUGACUCAGUCUCACAGUCACCUUCCUGGUGAUCAUGAAUCCCCAACCAGGGGAGCAGCUGCUAGGCUCAAGGACAAGAGAAGCAGACCCAAUCAUAUGAAAGGAAAAUUGCCCAAAGACAAACGAAAAUUGAGAGAGAAGCGCAGGAGCACAGGUGUGGUUCACUGUAUACCUUCUACAGAGAGUACAGGUGAUUCCUUAGAUGAUGAUGAUGACGACACUGAAGAUGCAGGCCAUGACACCAAGAAGAACACUGUAUAUAACGAAGGCACAGUACCUGGACAUCACCCAAAACCUGCUUAUGAGGGAAGACACUCUUCAAAUCCCAUCUUUUCUCAUCCAAGGCGAAACAAAAGCCCAUCUGAUCUCGAAGCUGAUCUAGAAGACAACCAGGACUAUGAUAGUACUGUUAGUCAUUCAGAAACAAAUCUGACACUCAUCGGCCGUUCAGAGUCAUCAGAUAUUGCUGAGAAUAUGCCAGGCAGACAGCAGCCUGGCAUCGGUACUGGAGUUAGCGGAAGAGUCAACACCGGGUCUUUCAGCUCGAAAUACUCUCCCGAGUCCAGCAGACUUCUGAAGUUCAAUGCCGGUAACAUCUCCAGUGAUGCCGACUCCUCCAGAACCAACACCCCUUCGACUUCUUCAUCUUCUUCUCUUCUCUCUCGCAGUCGCGACAUAGAGUCACCUCGAUCCGCAGCUGGAGUCACAACCAGCACUGCUGCAGAAGCAGAUUUGUCACGGAGGUUUAAUGCCACAAACACCACUUCCACAACUGUGGAGACGAAUCAAGGCACACAGCCAGCACAGGCCAGACCACUGGGGUUUUCUGUAUUCAAUAACAGCAACGUUCUGGGAGCACGAUGCGAGAAGCCAUCAUACUCCAGCUAUGUCAGCAGUGCAUCCCGGUUUAGAGACAGAGAUUCCGGAAGCAGUAGUAACUCCAUUCAUUCAAGACUGGCUACGUACCAAACUCCUCGUCCUUUUAUAUCAACUUCAGCUGCCCCAGUCACGCAGCAGAAUGAAGCUAUUGCUCAGCUGGAGAAG